AGCGUGUUCACCGUUGCGCGAUGGGGAUGGAGGCCGCGGCGACGGCGAGGACGGUGGCGGCGACUGUGGCGGCGGCGGCGGUGGCGGUGGCGGUGGCGAUGGUGGUGCCGGCGGUGGCGGUAGUCGUCGUCGUCACAAGACGCGCACCUGUGUCCACUGCGGAGGCGUUGCGCGCGCCGUCGGUGCACAUGAGGCGCCUCACCCUACUUCUCUUCGCCAUGGCCACGCUCGCAGCAGCUGCUCGCACACCUCCGCGCCAUCGCCACGCUCUGUCGGAUGCCGCCGCCACUCCGCCGCCGCUGCGAGGUGCCUAUUUGCUGCUGCGAGGCGGCGCGGUGAGCGGCACCGACCCGACGGCGGCUACUUUGCUCCUCGUCGCGACGUGGUACGGUUCCUCGGUCUGCAGCAGCCUCCUUGCAUACGAGCUGGUCGCCGCCGCUGGGCCGGAGAUGAUGACGCUCUGCCACUUUGCCGGCUCCGCCUGCUGCGGCGCCGCGGUGCUGCGGCUGGGAGGCCGCAGCGGCAGCAUCGGCUUCGCGUCGCGGAGGCAGCUGGUCGACACUGCGGCGCUCUCCGCCUCCUUCCUCGCCGGCUGCUACACGAUGAACUCCUGCCAGGCGUCAAUGCACCUCUCGCUCGCCCACGCCCUCCGCGCCUUUGAGCCGGUGACGACACUGCUCCUCACCGCCGCCUUCCUGCCUUCGGACACGCCCUCGGCGCGCCGCGCCGCCUGCCUCCUCCCCGUCGCGCUCGGCUGCGCCCUGUCCGCCGCCGGCGCGCACGGGCCCACCGCGCGUUCGCUCGGCCUUGUCACGGCCAGCAACCUCUGCUUCUCGCUGCGCGGCAUCCUCGCGCGGCGCGUCAAGGCGCGGCACGGGACCGGCACCGGGCCUGUCACGGUCCUCGCCGGGCUGCUCGUCGCGCCGGCGGCGCUGACGCGACUCAACUGCGCGGGCGUGGCGCUUGCGUGCGCGGGGGCGGUGGCGUACGGGGUGGUGUGAGAAUGGGAGCUGACAUCAAGGUUGCUGGUGCUGUACCCUUUCCACUUGAUGAGGAAUUCGCGCCCCUCCACUCGUGCGCCUGCACUGCCAGUGCCGGAUCGAUGUUUGAGGAUGCAAUCGGGAAAGUAGGUGUCCUCACCAUCCUCCUCCUCGUGAUCGCUGCCGCCGCCGCCGCCAUCGCCAUCGUCAUCGUCAUCGUCAACGUCGCUCUCCUCGUCGCUGCUGUCCGCGUCGCUUCGGGCCGGCCGCCGUGUGCCGCGAGUCUCGCGCCGCUCCUCCUGGUCGAGCGCAUCCUCGAUAGCCUUCCACUCCUCGAGGCUCGGCGCGUGCCAUCGGCCCGCGCCGCGCAGCGCCUCGGCGCAGCCAAGCGCAACCAUUAGAGGCCGCACAGCCUCGACCACCUCAAAGUACAGCUGACGAAUUGUAUCCACCGUGGGCCAGUCCCAGAAGAUGUACUCGUCGCUCUCUGAGGCUGUCCAAUGCGAGCGGCUGUAGUUCUUGUUGGAGACGUCGUGAGGUAGGUGUACGUCGUCACGGCUGAAUAUGUCGAGCG